UUGCGACGAGGCGCAACCACGCCAGGUAAAAUAAACUACUACUCCUAGUACCAAGGUGAAGCAGAGCAGAGCAACGGCUCCAGCCCACAGGUGAACCAGGGGUAUGUUUCGUGGACGGAGAAGAUAGCAGCGGUAGGGGCGGGACAGGUGAGGAGUUGGGAGACCGGCGGCCCAUCAUGUGGACGCCGUCGCGAGGGCUGGGCAGCGGCCGCCGUGCCGGGCUCCGGCGCAUCGCGGAUUACAUCGGCGACGACCACACCGACGCGUCCGACAACGAGUCGUUCAUCACGUCGCACAGCGACGAGCUCCUCGCGUCGACGUCGGCCGCGGGCGGUGCCGGCAGCGGCGUCGGAAUGCUGCCGGCGUUUCUCGCGGACCAGAGCGACCUCGUGGAGGUCAUGCUGGAGCUGGACGAGGAGUCCAUGGUGGUGCGCAGCGUGACGCCUACCGCGGGGCCGUCGGCGCUGGCCGGGGCCGGGGCGCACACGCCGGGGAGCGGGCGCAACCUGAGCCGGAGCUCGUCGACCUCGUCCAAGAUACGCAGGACGUUCGCGUGGCUGCGGUCGCCGGCGGCGGCGCCCGAGCAGCCGCGGGAGGCGGCGAUGGCGUCCCGAGAGCGGCGCCGCGUGCAGGCCAGGCUGGACCGCUCGCUGUCCGGCGCGAGGCGCGCGCUGAAGGGCCUCCGGUUCAUCAGCCACGCCACGGGCUCCGCCGAGGCCACCGCGCUCUGGGGCGCCGUCGAGGAGCGCUUCGACGCCCUCUCCCGCGACGGCCUCCUCGCCCGCGACGACUUCGGCGACUGCAUCGGGAUGGUGGACUCGAAGGAGUUCGCGGUGGGCAUCUUCGACGCGCUGGCGCGGCGGCGGCGGCAGAACCUCCAGCGGGUGACCAAGGAGGAGCUCCGCGACUUCUGGCUCCAAAUCUCCGACCAGAGCUUCGACGCGCGGCUGCAGAUCUUCUUCGACAUGGUGGACACCAACGUCGACGGGAGGAUCACGAGGGAGGAGGUGCAGGAGCUGAUCGUCCUGAGCGCGUCGGCGAACAAGCUCUCCAAGCUCAAGGAGCAGGCCGAGGAGUACGCGCUGCUCAUCAUGGAGGAGCUCGACCCGGAGGGCCUCGGCUACAUAGAGCUGUGGCAGCUGGAGGCGCUGCUCCUGCAGCGCGACGCCUACAUGAGCUACAGCCGGCCGCUCAGCAGCGGCAGCGGCAGCGCGGCGCAGUGGAGCCAGGACAUCGCCGACGGAGGCGCGCAGGAAAAGCCGGCGACGACGGCGGCGCCAGGACGGGGCGGGUGGCGGCGGUGGAACCCGCGGCGCGCGGCGGGGAGGGCGCGCGUGGCGGCGGAGGAGAACUGGCGGCGCGCGUGGGUGCUCGCGCUGUGGGUUGCGGCGAUGGCGGCGCUGUUCGCGUGGAGGUUCGCGCAGUACCGCCGGUCCGUCGCGUUCGAGGUGAUGGGGUACUGCCUGCCGACGGCCAAGGGCGCCGCCGAGACGCUCAAGCUCAACAUGGCGCUGGUGCUCCUCCCCGUCUGCCGCAUCACGCUCACGCGGCUCCGCUCCUCCUGGGCGCGCUUCCUCGUGCCCUUGGACGACUGCAUCGCCUUCCACAAGGUGAUAGCCAUGGCGAUCGCGGCGGGGAUCUGCCUGCACGCGGGGAACCAUCUGGCGUGCGACUUCCCGCGGCUGAUCGCGUCGAGCCCGGGGGAGUACCGGCCGCUGGCCGGCUUCUUCGGGGAGGAGAGGCCGACGUACAGGAGCCUGCUGUCCGGCGUGGUGGGGGUCACCGGGGUGGUGAUGGUGGUGCUGAUGGCCGUGUCCUUCACCCUGGCGGCCCGGCCGCUGCGGAGGGCGCCCACCCGGACCAGGCUGCCGUCCCCGCUGGGCCACCUCGCCGGGUUCAACGCAUUCUGGUACUCCCACCACCUGCUCGUCGUCGUCUACCUCCUGCUGCUCGUGCACGGCUGGUUCAUCUUCCUCGUCACCAAGUGGUACCAGAGGACGACGUGGAUGUACAUAGCCGUGCCGUUCGCGCUUCACGUCGGCGAACGAACGCUGCGGGCGCUGCGUUCCAAGGCCUACGCGGCCAAGAUCCUCAAGGUGUGCCUUCUACCAGGAAAUGUGCUGACCAUAACGAUGUCAAAGCCCUGCGGAUUCAGAUACAGAAGUGGACAAUAUGUUUUCCUUCAGUGCCCAACAAUUUCUCCGUUUGAAUGGCACCCCUUUUCCAUCACUUCAGCCCCUGGAGACGACUACAUCAGUGUUCAUAUCCAGACCAGGGGGGACUGGACACAAGAGCUCAAGCACAUCUUCGUGGAGAACUACUUCUCGCCAUGCCUGCCCAGCAGAGCUUCAUUUGGCGAGCUAGGCAUGCCAGAACAGAAGAGCCCUCCGAGGUUGCUUGUCGACGGCCCCUAUGGUGCUCCGGCGCAGGAUUUCAGGAACUACGACGUCUUGCUUCUCGUCGGCCUCGGGAUCGGCGCGACGCCUUUCAUAAGCAUUCUAAGGGAUCUGCUCAACAACAUUAAGCUGGCUGAUGAGCUGAUGGACCUAUCAAUGGAGACCAGCAGGUCAGAGGACAGCAGCAACACCUUCAGCGUGUCAACGGCGAGCAGCAACAAGAGGAGAGCGUACCGGACAAGCCGCGCGCACUUCUACUGGGUUACGAGGGAGCCCGGAUCGUUCGAGUGGUUCAAGAGCGUGAUGGAUGAAGUUGCUGAAAUGGACAAGAAGGGUGUCAUAGAGCUGCACAACUAUCUCACAAGCGUGUACGAGGAGCGCGACGCAAGGACGACUCUGCUCUCAAUGGUUCAAGCCCUCAACCAUGCCAAGAAUGGUAUAGACAUAGUAUCAGGCACCAGGGUCAGGACACAUUUUGCAAGACCUAACUGGAGGGAAGAGUUCACAAGAAUCUCCGCCAAGCACCCCGGUUCGACAGUUGGGGUCUUUUACUGUGGCAAGCCCACACUAGCUAAGGAGCUGAAGAAACUAUCACUUGAGAUGAGCCGCAAGACGACGACUCGCUUCCAUUUCCAUAAGGAGUAUUUCUAAUAGAAUAGAAUAGAAUACACACACAUCUGAUGACCAUAGUAACAACUAUUGAUUACAAAAAUUCAAUUUUUUUUGGAAGAAAACUUGCCCUCUUCGCCAUUUGUAAAUGUACAUAGUAUAAAGUAGAAGGCAGUUAGAAGCAUUUUUAUUAACAAUAUGAGAGGGAAUACUAUUAUGUUUGAUAUGCACAUAUAGUUUAUAGCUACCUGUAAAAAUAUAUCAAAUGUUAAGCA